AUGACUCCUAACCCUGCUGCACAGAGAUAAGCAUUAUUAACCUUUUGCUGUGUUUCCAGCUUGUCUUUUGUUAACUUGUCUGUCCAUUUAUUGAGCAUCUGCUGUAUGCCAGGCUGAGGUGACCAAUUGAGAUAAGACAAACUCCCCCUCUGGUGGGAGUUGUGGUUUAGUGGGGGACCUUCAGUUAACCUGACAAGUACCUUAGGUGUGAAGAGGAGACACAAAAGAGGUGAGGAGAGGGCGCUGGGGAAAGGGGCUGUGAGGGCAGUUGCGGAAGGCUCUCAGAAGAGGUGACAUCUUGCCGGACUUACUUGUUCAUUGCAGUUUUAUUGUAUAUACAAUUUGAUGACGUUUUUUCCUCCUCAGCCUAUGUUACAAGCAUUUUCCCAUAUUAAAUACUCUUUGAAAACAUGAUUUUUAAGAAUUAUAGAAUUUCCCAUCAUGCAGACAUACUGAACUGCAUUCAACCAGCUUGCUCUUGCUGGACAUUAUUUAGGAAGCUUCCAGUUUUUGUGUUCCUCUUUUCCUACAACCCUCCUUCGUUCUUCAGGGCAAGCUCACAGAGGUAGACUCGGGAGGGAGAGCUCAAUAGCUGUGGCCUCGGCUUCUCAUGGGUCCCCUGGAUCCAUUUUGGGUGCUUCCAUUCAGGCUCCUUACCCCCUGAAGCCCUUCUCUUUCCAAGCACUCCUUUUUUUUUUUCUUUUUUAAGAUUUUAUUUAUUUGUGAGAGAGAGAGAGAGAGCCCAAGAGGGAGUAGAGUCAGAGAGAGAAGCAGACUCCCCGCCGAGCAGGGAGCCCGAUGCGGGGCUCGAUCCCAGGACUCCAGGAUCAUGACCUGAGCCGAAGGCAGUCGCCCAACCAACCGAGCCACCCAGGCACCCCCAAGCACUCACUCUUGUUUCCCACUCUGAGGAUCACUGCCAGCAAGGCAGAGGGGCUUCAAGAAUGCCCUGUGGUUGGGUCCCAGGCAGUGGCAAGCUGUGGCAGGCACAGGAUCCAUCCUUGGAGACUUCCUAGGUCUACAAAUGGGGAGCAGAUGGGGCCAGCUGUCUGGAAGCCUCCUCCUGCCUUCACCCUCCAGCAGAUGCCAUCUGAUUAUCCCCUGGCCGGGGUGACUGUGUUCCGCCCAGGCACAUCCCUGUGUGAUGAUGACUCACUGGCCAAGGGAGGCCUCUGCAACCUGUGCCCAGACAGGGCCAACAGGGAGCACAUCCUGCAGACAGGGGGCAUCCCGCUCAUCAUCAACUGUCUGUCCAGUCCCAAUGAGGAGACCGUGCUAUCUGCUGUCACCACGAUCAUGUACCUGAGCUCACCAGGCUCUGGCUCCCACCCUGAGCUGACCGCCAUGCCCGUGGUCCAGUGCAUGCUGCGCUUCUCUCUCUCGGCCAACACGAGGCUCCGGAACCUGGCCCAGAUCUUCCUGGAAGACUUCUGUUCCCCAAGCCAGGUGGCAGAAGCCCGCACCUGGAGGGCUCACUCUGCCCUGGGUAUCCCACUGCCAAGGACUGAGGCCCCACAGCAGCCCUGAUCCAGGGAGACCUCAUAGCCAUGAUACCCUGACUGUUAGAGAGGAGGCCACAAUCCUAGUUGGGGCUCAGGGAGCAGGAGCAGCCUGGUUCCCACUGAGCAUGUUCUCCCCAAAAGGUGUCCUUUCAGUUUUUUUAAAGGUGAGUUUUCUCAGCAUGACAGGUAUUUACACUGUGGUGAGGGGCAUUGAGAGAAGAGGCCAGACUUUGAGACACACGGAGGAGAGCAAAGGCAAUGCCAUUUCCAUAGGUUGGCACUCUCAACCAGCUGAAGGUCAAACUCCUGCCUCCUGCCCCCACCCCCAGCGCCCCACUGCCAGGCUGUCAACCUCCUGUGAGAAGCAGCUGGGACCCUAGAUUCAGAGGCUUUACAGAAGGGGCUUUUCAUGAGGAACAGCUGGGCCUGGGAUUAGACUUGCUUGUGCUUGAGGAAACAGGAAUUCUUUAACAGAAAUAUCUGAAAUAAUCUUGAACAGAAAUGAGAAGCCAGCUCAGGGCUCUGGGAAGGUGUCAUGCCCACUCCAGGGCUACGGAGGCUGGGUACCUGCACUGCCAGCUCCCCAGGCUGGGUGCUGGGUGUGCUUGAUGCCGGCUUGAAGAACUCUGUGGCCCACAGUUUAUCCACACAGGCCUAUCUGCCAGACACCAUGGCGUUUCAAAGACGAAGAUGUGGUCUCUACUCUUUUUUUUUUUUUUUUAAGAUUUUAUUUGUCAGAGAGACGCACAAGCAGGUGGGGCUGGCAGCAGGAGAAGCAGGCUCCCCGCUGAGCAGGGAGCCCAGUGUGGGACUCAA